CACUUAUUUACCCGCCAUUAAUUUCCAUCUUUGCCCACGCAUUAUCCGUUAUCCUUGUUUCCCUCUCCUCUCCCUCUCUAAGCUCCACCUUCAUUUCCAUGGCUGAUCAUUAAUGGGUUUUUUCACUACUAACAUCACCAGCAAUGCCAUGCAAAAUCAUCUUCUCUCCCUCUAUUCUACUAAGUUCCCAUCAUCAAACCCAUUACCCACUUUCAAAAUCACCUUCUCUUAUUCCUCUACACCCACUCGUCGUAGGUUUCACAAGCCUCAUCAUAGUCUCAAACGCCUUACCUUUCGUAUAGUUCAGCUCACUAGAAGAAGAAAAUUGGAACAGAUUUUUGAGGAAGUCGAGAGUGCUAAGAGAAGGUAUGGGAAGUUAAAUACGAUAGUUAUGAAUGCGGUGAUUGAAGCUUGUGUGCAUUGCGGGGAUACCGACUCUGCUCUUAUUGUGUUUGAUGAAAUGUGCAAGUCAGAAAGUUGUGGGGUUGAUGGUGUCUCUUAUGGGACUCUGUUAAAGGGUUUGGGCGUGGCUAGAAGAAUUGAUGAAGCAUUCCAGAUAUUGGAAUCAGUGGAAAUGGGUACAGCUGUUGGAAGUCCAAAGUUGUCGGCUCCGAUGAUAUUUGGUCUCUUAAAUGCUCUAAUUUCAGCAGGAGAUAUACGCCGAGCUAAGGGUCUUCUAGCUCGCUAUGGUUAUUUGCUUCAUGAAAGCUGCAAUCCUUCCAUCUUGGUAUAUAACUUAUUAAUGAAGGGAUAUAUAAGUGCUGGCUGUCCUCAAGAUGCCUUGCCUGUGCAUGACGAAAUAUUGGAGUUAGGAUUAACCCCUGACAGGUUCACCUAUAACACUCUGAUAUCUGCAUGUGUGAAGGCUGGGAAAUUGGAUGCUGCAAUGCAAUUCUUUGACGAAAUGAAGGACAAAUCACAAAACUUUAGUUGUGACAAGCUUUAUCCGGAUGUUGUCACGUACACAACAUUACUUCAGGGCUUUGGUGGUGCCAAGGAUCUCCUGUCAGUUCUGAAGAUUGUCUGUGAAAUGAAAAUGCAUCGGAAUUUAGUUAUUGAUCGAACUGCAUUCACAGCAAUGGUUGAUGCAUUGCUAAACUGUGGUUCCAUGAAUGGUGCUCUCUGUGUAUUUGGAGAAAUAAUAAAACGUGCUGGUGUGAACCCAAAGCUUCGACCAAAGCCUCAUCUCUAUCUUUCCCUUAUGCGUGCUUUUGCCAGUCAAGGAGAUUACAAUAUGGUAAAAAAUCUGCACAGGCGAUUGUGGCCAGAUUCAUCUGGAGCCAUCUCUCUAGCUCUUCAAGAAGAAGCAGAUCAUCUUCUCAUGGAGGCGGCUUUAAAUGAUGGCCAGGUUGAUGUGGCUCUGGAAAAUCUCACAAAUGUUGUACUAAAAUGGAAACGGAUACCAUGGACAAGUCGAGGAGGCAUGGUUGCUAUGCGGAUAGAGGCCUUGUUGGGAUUCACCAAUUCCAUAUUCAGUCCUUAUCUGCUUCCUCAGGUAUCACCAAGGGAACCUAUCGAGAGCAUCAUGAUGCCACUAAAAGCAGCUAAGCCUUUACUCGGUACCCUCCACUUGAAGAAAGUGGUUAUGCGCUUCUUUUGGAAUCGAGUUCUGCCUGUUGUAGAUGACUGGGGCAGCUGUGUGGGACUUUUGCAUCGUGAAGACUGCACCGAGUUGAAUGCCCCCCUGAUGACAAUGAUGAGAAGCCCCCCACCUUGUGUUACAACCACGACGUCUAUUGGCCAUGUGGUUGAUCUAAUUUUAGAAAAGAUGUAUAGAAUGGUUGUUGUUGUAAAAUAUAGUAAUUUAAAUAGUUCUACUAACAGCUCAGGUUCUAAAACUGUUGGAGUUUUUACAGCUGAACAAUUGUUUAAACUUGUUGUGCCUGUACAACGGCCAUUGGAGCAAGAAAGAACUCUUGGUAGAAGACGGUGUGAGAAUUUUGAUGCGUAAUUGUAUUUGUUACUCGACUGAAUUCCUGCGCAUUAUCCUAUUAAAGAAGAGUCUUCUCAUUUUCUUUGAUUAA